AUGCAGAGUCUCAUUGCUUCACGAGUGGAGCUCUUGGAGAAGACUUCUGGGCAGAAAUACUGCGGUGCCUGCAUUCGAAGGCUCGUGCGCGUGCAAAUCUGCUUUGCCUUCUUGACAGGAUUAUCAUGUGCUAGCAUUUUGCUUGUCAGUGGGGAUCUGCCAUUUCUGCUCCAACCUUAUCAUCUUGCACUGGCAAGCUUCACAGUUUUGUUCAACAUACUGACUACCAUGAUGGUGGCGCUGUCCCUGACCCAGUUCUUUCGCCACUUGCGGAAGGUCUUGCAACUUGCGGAGCUCAGCGACAUGUCAGUUCCUGCGAGGUCAUCAUUGCGCCGAGCCCGUCGUUUUGCUGCUUUGCAAUUUACGGGUGUUCUGUUGAGCCUUGUGCUCACAAUUUGUGUGGUUCCAUGCAUAUGGAAGAGCAUGUUAUUGAAUAGCACGUUAAAGUUAAAGUUUUCGGGGCUCCUUGACUUGAUUCCGCUAGAUGCGAGUGUUGUAGUUCAAGCUUGCGAUCUUCUUGGCAAUGCACUCGGAGUGUUGCUCCUGUCCGGCAGCCAUAGGUUGCCGAAAGCAGACGGGGGAUUUGGCCAUCGCCCUGUGGGGCAUGCGGCAAACUCACCAAAAGCAAUGCCAGCAAAGGAAACCGAUUGGAAUCCCGCCUGGAAAGGGAAGGUGGAAGAGCUCUCCUUGCGGGGCAUGACAUUGCGCAGCCUUCUGCGCUUCUAUCAAGACGACCUGCCUUCCAUACGAGACUGGCAAUAUGCGCCGAAGCAACACAAGACCAGAGAUGUGGCGCGCAGGGCGAUCAUCCCACUCACAAGCAACGAAGAGGCUGCGUACGCGGUCUCUGUUUUCAACAGAGAUGGUGGGCAAAGGGCCCAGGUCAUGGUGACUCACAAUUGGGCCAACUGCUUCAAGGACCUGCUGGCAGCCGUCCUUUCGGAUGCUUUGCAAGAGUGCAGUUUCAGCUUGGCAACACGGCUGCUGGAGGGAGAGAGCGAUCUGCUUUGUGAGAUGCUGACACACAGCGGCCGCCUGGAUGACACGUACUGGAUCUGUGCAUUUGCCGUCAACCAGCACAUUUGCAUAUGCCACAGCACUCUUACGACCGGAAGUAUUGUGUCAGAGAUCAACAAAUUCGACGACAUGAUGUAUCACCUUGCAACAACAGGAGGCUGCAGGCAAGUGAUUGCGGUGGACCAACAACUUGAUUUGUUUAAUCGUGCCUGGUGUGUGGCCGAAAUUGCAGAAGCCAAGCGUCUGCAGAUGAAUCAGGCGCUAAAACUUGCAUCCAAAGCGACCAUCAUGCAACGUGCACGCACUUUGGAAAACUUGGAUGUCCGGAACAUGCGCGCAUCCUCCGAAACAGACAAACAACUCAUACUCAACAAGAUAACAAAAAUCACAAAUGUCGACCAGUUCAACACAGAACUGCAAGCGCUCAUUUUCGACCCGAAGUCUGGCCUUCUGGCAUCCUGGAAUGCCUUGGACAGUUUGCAGCAAGUUGGAGAAGUAGGCGAAACCUUUGGAAGUUACAAGCCAGAUGAAGCGAUGAAAAGCCACUAUGCGACGCUGCGUUCGCAGAAUCCGCAAGAGGAGCCGCCAGCAGUCCUCAUAGAAGACAUUACGCCCGAGUGCAGCAAGGCGCCAGCGAUCAAAAAGGGUUUCCUCAACAGUGGUAAAGCGGGCCUCUACGGCCCAGAAGGAUCGAAAGAGGGCGUGCUGCCCGAGAAUGCGGGGGAUCCGCUGGGCUACAUCCCAAAAGGACUACGGAAGCAGUGCAAGAUUGUGGACACGGGCAGCCCUGAAUAUCAGGCGCAGCAGCGUCAAAAAGAAGCAGCAGAAGAGAGCAAUCGAGCUCAGCAGGAGUUCAGGGACUCCAUCCUUGGAGAUUUGGACAAGUGGACCAAGAAAGCCGAUCACGAUCGCUGGGAGGCAGACUUGCCGGAAGGCACAGAACCGAUCUCGGUGUCGAAGUACGACAACGACUACUCCAGGUUCGACAGCAUUGUAGAUGAGCCCGAGGCUCCACAGCAGGAGCACCGGGACUAUUACUUUGACCACACAGGGGCGCCGCGGAAGUUUGACGAAAAGCCUCAAAAAAGCACUGCGGACAAGGAGAUGGCACAGGUCCUGCAAAAGGGCUUUCUGGAAAAUGCCAAGAAGGCUCUUUAUCCCAAGGGCUCCGAGCAGGCUCCUUCUGCUCCGAAGGCAAGCAGUCUUGAGGACAUGGAGCAGCUGGCAAAGCUGAGCGAGGGAGAGCUCAUGGAGAG